AUGCCGGUACAGAGAAAGCGCCGUCGCGCAAAUAACCUUGGAGAGUACUCCAAGAAGAGAAAACUGGCCAGUAAUGCACCUGAACCCGCGCAUCGAUGCACUCCUGCUGUGAUACACUUGUCCAUUCCCACCGAAAACAACACCUUGGGUUGCAGUGACUCCGAUGUUUGUGAUUUCGACAUUGAGCUGGAAAGUGACAGUGAUCAGAGCGAGUUUGAUGCCGAUGAUUUGGAUGAAAACUCCGACAACACCUCUGAACGGCUAUCAAAAAUCCCGCUGUUUGAGCGCAUGUGUCAGGCUCAAAAGGUCCUAUCCCAUCUAAUACAUGAGCGGGGUGUGAUUGUGGGGAAUAAGGUUCAGUAUGCCGGAACAACAAUCAACGGGACUCCUUCAGAGCGGACCCGACGCCGUCAUGCUGCCAAACAACGCAUUGUUAUGCAGAAAGUGCAAGAGAUGGCUAAGAAAACCAAAGCUGACCAAAAAAAACGCACCAUACAUGAUUUCUUUCGCCCUCCCCACAAAUCCAACUCCAGUACCCCAGACCCGAUUGUUCCAAGAUCUCAAUGGUUCCAAUCACCCAACUCCAGAUAA